AUGAAGUUAUUCGCUAUCAAUUUCAAUGAGGUAUCUUUCCCGCCAAAUCAAUCAAAUUCCGGCAACAUCAUGAUCAAGAUCCUUACCCCCAAAUUCAAUCUCUCACUCAUCUUCCUGUUCAUCUCAAUCUUCCUUUACCGCUUCAAUAACCCCCCAAGAUCUUCACAAUCACUACAACAAUCACUCCUUACUCGCAACAACUACAUUGUUAGAUUCAUCCAAUACAGAAAAGCGGAAGACCACAAGACGUAUCUUCAGCAAAACGCUAAGAAAGCAUCAUACGACUCGUGUUCUUGGGAAUGGAUUGACAGAAACAACCCUGCUUCUAAGUUUCCGACGGAUUUUGGAGUCGUGGCGAUCGACGAUGAUGCGGUUGAUUCGGUUAUUAACAAGUUUGAGAGGCUGGAGAUGGUGAAAGAUGUUAGGGUUGAUUCCAGUUAUCGUUUAAGAAACUUGCUUGGUGGAAUGAAGACGAGAAGGUAUGAACGAGUUGGGGCGUUUGUAGACGGGAGGAAGCGGCCUGGGAAGAUCUUUACGUCAAUGUCGUUUACUGAUGGUGACGAAUACGUAGCUGCAGCGGUGACUAGUAACCAGACGAUUGAGUGGACACGACAGCUUUUAUCUCAGAAAUCUCAAGUUACGUCCUUGUUUGGAGCAGAUGCACUUUGGUCAAAAGGGUACACUGGGGCAAAAGUAAAGAUGGCUAUAUUUGAUACUGGAAUUCGUUCUGAUCAUCCUCAUUUCCGGAAUAUCAAGGAACGCACAAAUUGGACCAAUGAGGAUUCACUAAAUGACAAUCUUGGACAUGGAACAUUUGUUGCUGGAGUCAUUGCUGGGGAAGAUGCAGAAUGUCUUGGUUUUGCACCAGACACGGAGAUCUAUGCUUUCCGUGUGUUUACCGAUGCACAGGUUUCAUACACAUCGUGGUUUCUAGAUGCAUUCAAUUAUGCAAUCGCGACCAAUAUGGAUGUUUUGAAUUUGAGCAUUGGUGGUCCUGAUUACUUAGAUAUUCCGUUUGUCGAGAAGGUGUGGGAAUUGACAGCAAGCAAUAUUAUAAUGGUCUCUGCAAUCGGAAAUGAUGGGCCAUUUUAUGGUACUCUAAACAAUCCAGCUGAUCAAAGUGAUGUUAUUGGCGUUGGUGGUAUAGAUUACAAUUCUAACAUUGCCUCCUUUUCAUCCCGUGGCAUGAGUACUUGGGAGAUCCCUCAUGGCUAUGGACGUGUAAAACCAGACAUUGUUGCCUAUGGACGGGACAUCAAGGGAUCCGAGAUUGGAACAGGUUGUAGAACUCUAUCAGGAACUAGUGUGGCAAGUCCUGUGGUUGCUGGUGUAGUGUGCCUCCUGGUUAGUGUCAUCCCUGAAAGUGCACGAAAGCACAUCUUGAACCCAGCAAGCAUGAAACAAGCCUUGGUUGAGGGCGCUGUCAAGCUUUCUGGUCCUAAUAUGUAUGAGCAGGGUGCUGGCAGGGUUAAUUUGUUAGAAUCAUAUGAAAUCCUGAAGAGCUACAAGCCUCGAGCAACCAUCUUCCCUAGUGUUCUUGAUUAUGCAGACUGCCCCUAUUCCUGGCCUUUCUGCCAACAGCCUCUCUACGCGGGUGCCAUGCCUGUUCUUUUUAACACUACCAUAUUGAAUGGGAUGGGUGUUAUUGGCUACAUUGAAGGCCCUCCAACAUGGCAUCCAUCAAAUGAGGAAGGUAAUCUUCUUAGUAUUCACUUCACUUAUUCGGAUGUUAUUUGGCCAUGGACCGGGUAUCUUGCAUUGCACAUGCAAAUCAAGGAAGAAGGAACUCAGUUUUCUGGAGAGAUUGUGGGCGAUGUUGUGGUGAAUGUGUACAGCCCUCCUGCAUUAGGGGAGAAGACCGUUCGACAGAGUACAUGUGUGCUGCACUUGAAAUUAAAGGUGGUCCCCACCCCUCCAAGAUCAAUGCGAGUUUUAUGGGAUCAAUUCCAUAAUAUCAAAUACCCUCCCGGUUACGUUCCAAGAGACUCAUUGCAAGUUCAUAAUGACAUUCUUGACUGGCAUGGUGACCAUCUACACACCAAUUUCCAUAUUAUGUUCAAUACAUUAAGAGACGCUGGAUAUUUUUUAGAAACACUUGGUUCACCUCUGACAUGCUUCGAUGCUUACCAGUAUGGGACACUCUUGCUGGUGGAUCUUGAAGAUGAAUAUUUUGAAGAGGAGAUACGAAAGCUGAUGGAUGAUGUCGUAAUUAGUGGAUUAAGUUUGGUGGUAUUUGCUGAUUGGUAUAAUGUUAACACGAUGGCAAAGAUGAGAUUUUUUGAUGACAACACGCGAAGCUGGUGGACUCCGGUUACUGGUGGAGCGAAUAUCCCUGCAUUGAAUGAUCUGUUGGCCCCAUAUGGGAUUGCUUUUGGAGAUAGGAUUCUGAAUGGCGACUUUAAACUAAACUAUGAUUGGAGCAGAUAUGCAUCUGGGUCUAACAUCGUGAAAUUUCCCAGAGGUGGAUAUGUACACAGCUUCCCUUUGUUUGAUAGAGCAGGAAAUGGGCCCAGAGAUAAGGCAGAUUCAGCUAUUCUUGGCCUAGUGGAGGUGGGAGAAGGUCGAAUUGCUGUAUAUGGGGAUUCCAACUGUUUGGACAGCAGCCAUAUGGUUACCGAUUGUUACUGGCUUCUGCAGAAAAUGUUAGAUUUUACUGGCAGAAAUAUCAAAGAUCCUGUGCUAUUCUCAGAUUCAGUCAAACAGAAACAGCCAUUGCAUCAGAAUGACAACCAGUUGCCCACUCGUCGAACCGAUUUUAAUUUCUCAGCAUAUUCUGCAGUAAUUGGAAAUGAAUUGAUUUGUCAGAAAGACUCCAGGUUUGAUGUAUGGGGGACAAAGGGGUAUGGCUUGCAGGUCAGAGGAAGGAACCAUAGAUUGCCAGGGCAUCAUGCUAUUGAUUUGGGUAGUGGCCUAAACUCUUCAGCUGAUAUCUUUGUUCGAAAGGGUUUCAAACCCAUCAACAAGAACAAGGAGAGUUUUUCUGGCAACAAAUUCUUCGGCUUUCUGUAUACAGACGAGCCUAUGGUAUUUCCAAGUCACUGGCUUGUUCCUUGCGUCAUUGCUGUUUCUGGGAUUUUGCUCCUAACUAGUUUAUGGAGAAUCAGACAGAGAAGGCGCCGAAGAAGGAAACACUCGAUAACUAAUUUCUAA